AUGUCUUCCAGCUUAAUGGACACAGAGAAGGGCGGCGAACAGACUCAGUAUGAGGGCGAGAACUCAGAUGUGAUUCCGAAUUCGAAGUCGACGGGCCAGUUUGGCUCCUCUUCAGACAGAACAACUGAAGAUCCAUCAGCCACGUCAGAGGCUCAGCAGCAGCGAAAGGAGCGCGGCGAGAAGACGGCAGAGAACAUCAGAUAUGGGCAGACGAUUUCGGAAGGCGGCAUGAGCGGGUUCACCACUGGGCAGGGAGGAAGUGGUGGAGAGCAAAGUGGUUAUGGUGGUGUGCAAGGUCAGAGCGAGCAGAGCAGUGGAGGUGCAGAUCGCGUUGCGCAGGGAUACGGCGGAAAGGAGGACCAGAACAGGGAGAUUGGCGCGUAG